GCAGUCCCCGGGCGGGGUCGCCGCCGCUGCCGUUACUUACCGGCGUUCUGAGAGAGAGGCGGGCAGCGGCUCGACGGAGACCCGGGCGGCUCCCCGCCGCAGCGUGCGGGAGCCGCAUUCCCCCGCUGCAGUACCGAACUCCGCCUCACAGCAGCGCGGGGCCGGCCGGACCCGGGUGUUGCCGGGGGUGCCCGAGACUGAGGCGGGAGCUGCCCGCCUCGAGCAGCGGCGCUGGCACCCCGGGCUACGCGCUGAGGCAGCGGGAAGGCACUGGUGCAGCUCGGCCGCCGGCCGGCACGCUCGAAGAAGGGUUCGGCACCAGAGUGCGAUUGUUUUUUAAGAGGCAAGAAGCUCCGGCCCUCUGAACGCUGUCGGUACGUGUGUGCCCCCACGUAAAGGCUGGCAGGAUGUGUCCGUAGGCCGCGGUGUCAGCCCAGCACCCGGAGACCCGUCCUGUGGGAAGGACAGACGUGGCCUGCUCCAAGCAGCCUGCGUGAAGUGGUCUAUAGCCAAGUGCUGCAGACCAGAACUCUGAAGCUAGAAGAAAGCUUCCUGAGGGCUGGCUUGCUACAGUGCCUAGGGAAUGAAGGAUUGAACCCAUUGGCAUAAGAGCCUUGAAAUACGAUUAGAGAUGCAAGGGAGAUUAGCACGGGCAAGAGAGUUGAAGUCUCUCACCAUCUCCAUUGGUGUGUCAGCAUAAAGACAGAACUACACAGACAUCAGGAAAUCAGUACUUCACCCUUUCUCAGGAUGCCACAUCCAGAUAUUUUCUCCCCUGAACUCAGCAAGUUGCCAGUUUUGUGACCUCACUCACUCCUCUGAAGCAGCAGGUGCAACAAAAAUGAGUUGAUAAACUCCCUUUGGCAUCCCUGGACUCUGGAGUCUUUAGACAAGAGAAUGGAAAUUGUUCCAGUGGACUGUGAAGAAGUCAAGGCUGCUGCAAUUUCUUCCACAUGCCUUGGAUACAUGCUUCUAAGCAGCUUAUGGGCUUUCCUUGACCUACGCUUCUUUUCCUAAUGCUCAUCUGACUAUGGCUGUCCUCAAAGUAAAAUUCACCAAAACUAAGAGGGACAAACUGGCUCAGAUCCUAUGGAUUCUCAACUGGGUUUCUGUAGUGAGUGGGAUCAUUCUCUUCAGUCUUGGCCUAUUCCUAAAAAUAGAGAUCAAGAAGCGCAAUGAAGUGAUGGCAAAAGGGGACAUUAACUCUGUUCCCAACAUGCUGAUCUCUGUAGGAGUCAUAGCAUGUGUUGUCAACUUUCUGGGGGGAAAAAUCUGCUACGACUGCUCAGAUGCCAACAAGUUCUCCCGAUGGAAGCUAAUUAUGCUCCCAUACAUCAUAUGCACCUUCUGCUUUACCUUCUGCAUCCUGUUGGGUGCUCUCAUGUGCUAUACCAUGAGGAAUGAGCUGGAAGAAUCUCUCUAUCUGGGACUGAGGGAUGCUAUUAAGUUCUAUAAGGACACAGACAUACCUGGAAGAUGUUUCUUAAAAAAAACAGUGGACAUGUUACAAAUUGGAUUCCAAUGCUGUGGAAACAAUGGCUUUAGAGACUGGUUUGAAGUUCAGUGGGUAUCUGCUCGUUACCUGAACAUGGCUUCUAAGGAAGUAAUGGACCGUUUCAAGAGUAAUGUUGAUGGGAAGUUCUUAGUGGAUGGAGUACCCUUCAGCUGUUGCAAUCCGAGUUCCCCACGGCCCUGUAUCCAGUACCACCUGACCAACAACAGUGCCCACUACAAUUAUGAUUUCCUGACAGAGGAACUCAAUAUCUGGGUGAAGGGGUGCAGAGAAGCGUUGCUGGAGUACUACACAGCUAUAAUGAGAUCCAUUGGUAUUGCAGCAUUGCUUAUCUGGUUGUUUGAGCUCUCUGUACUUAUUGGUGUUCGGUACCUACAAACAGCAAUGAAGAACGUUCUGCUGCAAGGAGAUCUGCAGGGUGAAUCAGAUGGUUGGUUACUAGAGAACAGUUUUGUGGAAACUGCCAAAUACAACAUCAAUAUUAUCAAGAACCUUGGCAAAGCCAACCAGAUUUCCACUGUCUCAGGCAUGAAUGACCCCAACAUUAAUGUUCAAAACACGAACUGUGGCAAAAGCAACGUGACAGCAAAGUCUAUCCCUGCAGCUAGCUAGGCAAGUCUUCGGCAAAAUGAUGGCUCAAGUGCAGUUUUGACAUACUACAAUGUUAGAGACUGGAUUUUCACUAAUGGGAAAAAAAUAAUACGAUAACUGAACAAAAAGUAGACUGUUUACAGCAACAGGAUAUCGAUGCUUCUUUGGCAGGAUACAUUUUCUUUACCCGUUCUAAUGAAGUCCUUUAUUUUUGUAUGUGUACAAAACAGUCUAUUGAAUUUUUCCCACUUUGUCUCCCCUGCUUACGCAUUCCUGUCCUGGUCUGAAUAGAUCAGAAUAAUGACUAUACAUAACAGGGCUAUCAGCUUGGAUAUCAGUAUGUUCUAGAUAGGAUUGGUCUAGUUUGUGACUACUGUCACAUCUUCAGAAAUCCCAACUGCAGAGAAAUUUCAACAGAAAUAACUGCUCUGGAUAAAAAGGUUAUCAAAAGGAGAACAAUCACAAAAACAGAAAUGAAAAUGGUGUUAAAGUCUAAGUCAGGACAGGAUAAAUUUUAAGCCAAAUUAAAGCAUGUUAUCACUCCUCUAAAAUAACUUAUUAACUAAGUGAAAUUGAAAAACAGUUGAAGGCAACAAAAGUUGGCUUGUACAGUGUGUUUGACUUGUGUUUGUGGGUUUUUUUAAACAAUCUGAAGGCUUGCUUAGAGAAAGCCAGCUGCCCUGAAAGUUAAUGAGUGCUAUUAAAAGGAGUUCUCUGCUCAAGAACACUAAUUGAUGGCUCAUGCAGGAUAUUAAAACUUAAAAUAGCAUGUGGUAGCCCAAGAGUAAAAAUAAGCAAACACUUCCAGUAAAACAAAUAUUUGGUCUGAUUAUAUAUGAAACAAUGUGUUUUAAUAACUCUCCAUGGACUUUUUUUUUUUAACCCACCUUUUUCACAUCCCAAAUGCAUCCAUUAAUGAGCUUCAAAGUUUAAUUUCUCACAAUUCAAUUCCGCAUUUCUUGAAAAAGUGCUUUGCUUUUUGACUCCCUGACCUCAGUGCGUAUCCCUUAAUCUUUGCUGUAAGAUGCAGCCGACAGUCAUUCCUUAUUCUCUUCAUGUUGUUCCAGAUUUUACUGUCCUCUGUUAAAAUCUCUGUCCCAUCUUCCCAAGUUGAAGAAGCUGCUAUUUAAUUUUUUGCCUAUGAAAAUUGCUCAUCUUUGACAGUUUUUGUAACUCUUCUCUAUUCGUGAUUUUUAAAUGAACACCUGAAGUGUAGCGCUGAGGAUGUUAUGGAUUCAACUGGCUUUCUCUCUUUUUCCUAAGAUCUCCUGAAAUUUCUUGCUUUUUUUUUUGACAAUUUGAGCAUUUGGGUAACAUUUUCACAAAGCCAUCCAUAAAAAUAUCAAGGCAUAAACCGGUGUGUCAUUCCUUCAAGCAUUUCUGAGAGCCAAAAAUAUCAUUGCUGUAUUACAGCUUGUUACGCAGUUUCAAAGUCUACCUAAUGCCCUUGGGCACAAUCCUGACUCCCUUUCUUUUUUAUCUUUCAGUGUGGUAUUGACAACAUUUCAAAGAGCUUUAUUAUUAGACUGAAAAAUGUCCAGCUUUUAUGUCUCACUGAACUACAAGAAAGUACACCCACUUUUUAGACUAUGAGACAAAACCAACUUCAGUGAACCCGGGAAAUACAAUCCCAAAGGAAGCUGCUCGUUGUUUGCAGAACACUCAGCACAACAGUUUCCUGAGCCUUACUGGAAACAUUAAGAUUAGAUGAUAUAAUACUGGAAAAGAAUGAACAUACAAAAUUUUGGUACUUUGUCAUAUUAAGGAGAAAGGCAGUCAUAUGCUACAAAUUAAACACUUUCCUACAGAAUACGAUAAAAAUGCCAUUUUUAUCUGUAUUAUUUUCAGACCAGCAUGCAGAGCAUCACAUGCUUCAGUAUAUAAGCAGUCAUUUUUUCAGUAAAAUCUUAAUCCAUCUGUAUUUGGAAGGACAGUUCUAGGUUGCUUAAUAAUUAAAUGAUCACCAUUAGGGAAGAAAAACAGAGAGACAAACAGAACUUUUGUUUCAUUAGGAAAAAUGAAUCAAGAGGAAUUGAUAGAAACAAUUUAAAAUAUAAAAUACUUGAAAAAUAAAGCAAGGAAUGCUUCAGCUUGAUAAAAAUGGUUCUAAGACAUGGAAUAAGAGCACAACCUCUUAUUUUUUAUUAUUUUUAAAGGGGAUUUUUUAUUCUGUAUUAUAGGAAAAAUUUCCUGAUGGCAAAACGUAUUUAACUUUAGCAGCAGAUGAAACCUGGCGUCACGUGCCACGUACAGUCUCUCUAGGCCAUUUACUUAGCUUACAGAAUUACAACAGCUUUGUCCAGUUCUCUAGCAGAGGUCCCUGUCUGUCAUGAACUUGGCUCUGAAAAAUAGGUUCAGCAGAAGACUGAACUAAAACGAUCACCCAGACCAAGCAUCUCUGUAAAGUGCCACAUAUUCAAAGCAGUAAGUAAUGCUAUACCACAUCAGCAUGAAGAGCAGUGGUAUAAAUAAGCUAACACUUUUCCCAUAGUUCACACGGAUCAUUUUGAUAUGAAGAGGACACAUCUUACCAUAAAAACCUAAGUAAUAUUUGGUUUGUCAAUCUCUCUCUCAGACAACUGCUGAAAAGAUGCAGAAACAGCUGUCUGUGAAAACUUGUGAAAUUAACUGAGUAUCAGCAUACACAGGGAACAGCUGCUGUCUUGACUACUACCAGUAACUAUUUGGAUGACUCGAUUGCUCAUUUUCAUCCUGCAUAGGCAUCUAGUCUCCACCAAUACAGAUAUAUUGUGAAAGGACAACAGAUUUCACAGUACCGAGGACACUGUACUACUUAUCAGUUUGAAAACCUUUCUUAAACUUUGAAAUUAAGUGUUCACUUCUUUGCUUUGCAUUUAUUAGUUUGCUCAGACACUGAAAGCACACUUUAAAUACUGAACCUGCUUUACAGCACCUGUCACAAUCAUUUGGGUCUCCUGGAGUAUUUAAUGUUACCACCGCUGUAUCAAGAAAACAAACUCAGGUAGCAGCACAGACUGUCUUUAAUUCUCUGUAACUUAUAAAGACAAAGAUGGCAUUAGCAAGCCAAGCCUAUAAUCCGUAGCAUCUGCUCAGAUACAGAAAUAAAUACGAUUUGUGGGACACUUCUUAUCCUAUUUGUUAUUAAUGCUUAAUCCAGUCAGAAUUAAUAACACAUUUGUGUAACAAACUCCAGCAACUUCCAGAGCAAGGAAUUCACCUCUAUAUGAAUCUUUUUAUGGAGCUCUUCAUAAAAUAAGUGAAACAUUUUAAUGUUCGGUUCCUGCUGAAGGCACUGCAAUGGCUCCUGCAGAAACUGCAGUUAUGAUGUUCUUCCUUUAAAGCACCCUGACUACCACAGAAGACACCUGCUUUACUUUGAUCAUAAAGAAAAAUAUAAGGAAUCAUAUGAAUACUACA